AUGUCGUUUUACAAACUUUUACCCUCAAUAAAACUCUAUAUUUUUUCCCGCGUAUUCCGCGCGAAGCCGAUCACCGCCCUCCCGUUCGACGACGAGGACAAAGUUGUCGCGGAAUCCCAGAAGAACGCAUUCGCAGACGUCACAGAAAUCCUGAGGGAUGCGUCAAUGGAGGACGAGGAUGCGGCCACUGAGGUUGCGGUACCUUCGGGCUUGACAGCUGAAGGGAUCCAGGAGAGCGAGGAGGCUGUCAUUAGCAGUGGGUCAGUGCCGGACCCUGCAGUGACCUCCCCCUGUCCUUGCGCACCACGUCCUGAGUUGAUACAAUUGUCAGACUUUCCACUUGACACCGUGUAUGAUCCACUGUUUGAGAGGAAUGAGGAUGUUCCUCUGAUUGGUCUAGGACUGAUGGGCCUCCCUGAGCACAUCAAGGAUACCAGUACUAUAUCAGAUUCCUUGGAUAGCCCCUGUGCUAGUUAUUUUACCCAUAACAGAAUUCCUGGUAAUGUUUUGUAA